AUGUCGGCGAAUAUUGGAAAUGAAUAUGGAGAUGGCGCAUACGAAGAUGCAAAUGAUGCAGCUGGAUACGAAGCAGUAAACGGAGACGCUGGAUAUGCAGCACAAAAUGAAGGAGCUGCAAACGAAGCAGCAGAUAGACCCGCUGAACAUGCAGAAACUAAUAAAGGAGCUGAACACGAAGAAGCAAAUCAAAACGUUGGAGAUGAGCUACAAAAUAAACACAUUGUCGAAUGUUUGAGAUUAGAAAAGUUAUACUUCACAAAAUGGGCCAAACAUUAUUUAUCAGAAUCCAUUGCAUUAUUUAAGAAAAAAUUACAAGAUAAAGAAAGUGAGAUUAAAGCGCAAAUUGGGGAAGUGAAGCUGUUGGAAUGGAACGCAGUACUAGCAGCACAUGAACAUAUGAAAGAUCAAGCUAAUAAAGAACUUAAUGAGAAACAAAAAAGCGAACGAAAAAAACUGAUCGAAGCUUUAGAUAUUUUGAGAACAUUAAUGAAAGAAUCGGAAUAUUUAAGAAUUUUACUCAUCAAAGUUUCAUCUAAAAAUGAACAAAUACAGGUGGUUUUGAGAGCGAUGGAGAAAGAUUCAAACCAUUGCACUUCAAUCUUUCUUCAACUGACUUUUGUUUCGCGUUCAUUUUUACAACGUGAUCUCGAUGAAUCACCAUCAAUUUUAAACAGAGUGAAGCUCAAAAAUUGA